AUGACGAUGCUUUCUCGGUGCGGUCGAUUAUUCCCGGCAUCUAACAAGUACACACUCUAUAAAACCGUGGCCAAGCCAAAGCUCUACUCCAGCUUGGCUGAUAGGUAUCAUCCGAAAGUUAGCCUGCUGCCCUUCACCAACGAUGCGUUAACCGUCCAGUCGAAGCUUGAGCUACUUGUGCCACCAAUGUUUGGGCUGGCAGCUGCCAUAAAGGGAUACGGACAAAUGCUAUUUGGCAAGGACGUCGUGGAUUCGGGUAUUAAACGCACCAAUUUCAAGGCAGUCUACAUACCCACUUGGAAAGUGGACUGUAUAACUUCAUUUACUAGUGACUUGGGCGAUUCGGAUCAUCCAACUGUGAUGCACCUCCGGGAAGUAACGGUUCCAGGUAUUAAUCACCAUCCUCUGGCUCGCUGGGUCAAGAGUUUCCCCACUGAUACCGACGAAGCCAAGCCGUUUAGCAAGAAUCAUUUAGAACCACUGAGCGGCACAUAUGAUAUUCUGGCACUGCCUUUUACAACAUCGCCUCUUGCCGCUCCUCAGGCCUUGAAGGAAGCACCGUACGGAGACAUCGAGAUAACAGAGGGAUGGAGUAUUGAUCCUCGGUCGGUGGAGUUUCAGAUGUUGGCAGCAUACCCACUUCUACAUCCUGUUUUCUUGGCGGAAUACACCUUGGGAGAAAAACACAUAACCGUGCUCGCACAUGGAUAUCAUGAUUAUUUCUCAGUUUGGGGACAUGCGUCUCACCCAGAUGUAUGGGUAAAUGCGGAACAAGGUGCGACAGUGACGUAUCUCCGAGCGAGCAAACCAAUCGUGGGUGGCCCAGCUGCCAUGCCCAAUUUUAUUGACGAAGAGAACACCGUAAGUAAUAUCGAGAGGAUAGCCCAUGAGCCUGAUAUGAGUGAUUUGAGAAUCCAACCGGUCUCAUCAGCGAACGCGACGAGGAAUUGGAUGACACUAGCUGGGAAAGUGGAUGAAAUCGGUUUUAUUAUCGAAAGUAUACCGGCUGCAAACGCACGCAUAGUCAGAAUAGAGGUUGCCCCUGGACUCCGAGCCAAGAAAUCUGAAGUAGGGACGGACCCACGUGCACCACUGAAGAAACAACUCGAAGAAUUGAAGGAAGAAGCUGAGAGAGCCAAGCCGGAGUGGAUGAAAGAGAAAAAUAGUUGGGAGUUUGAAUGUCUACAGCUGGUGCAGCAGCCAGAAGACCCACGAGGGCAAGCUGGUGCUCAAGAGCUGGCAUGGGAGAAACUCUCGGUCUCUAUUCAACAGAUAUAUGCAAAGAACGCCUCCUCACUAUCCUUUGAAGAAAACUAUCGUCAUGCCUAUAAUCUCGUCAUUGCUAAGCAAGGAAAGAUGCUCUAUGACGGCCUUGUCAAAUUGAUUUGCGAAAAUCUCGAUAUAUUCGCCAGAGAGAAAUUAAUACCUGUCUUUCCUCGUACAGAAUUGGAUGGCCGGGACUCGAUGGAGAUGUGCCAAGCAGGCGAACUAUUUGUCAAGGUGUUUCGAGAGGUAUGGGAUGAUCAUGAAAGUAGCAUGAGUAAGAUUUCCGAUCUGGUCAAGUACAUGGAUCGCGUUUAUACGCAGUCGGCGAAUGUGCCUAAGAUCACGGAACAAGGCUCAAAGCUCUUCCUCUCUGAGCUCAUUCAUUCGACUAAGUACCCUAUCCUAGCACAACUCAACGCGACCAUUCUACUGUUAAUAAGGAUGGAGCGUAAUGGGACCGCGAUUAACCGUAGUGCGAUGAAACAGUGUGUUGACGUAUUGCUUACUCUUCGGGACACUUCUAUCAAAGCGGUGUUUGAGAGUACGGUAUACAAACUAAAUCUAGAAAGCGAAAUCCUUCAAGAGAGCGAUAUCUAUUACACCAAUCGAGCUAAGGAAAUGCUAGAUUUGCAUGACUUGUCAGAAUACUUAAAAUUGGCCGAGUCUUUUAUCAAUGCAGAACAAGAUCGAACACAUAGUUAUCUUUCAUUUCACACUUCAGUUCCCCUCCAAAAUAUCCUCAUCAGCAAAAUCCUUACCCCCCAUACUGCCCGAUUACUCAAGGGACCGGAAGCAAGUGCUCCAGAGGUGUCAUCAGCGUUAACGCAGAAACAAAACACUGCCCUUGAUCUUCUUAUUGACACGGAGCGCACAGAAGACCUGGCGCGACUAUUACGAAUGUUCCAGCUCCCCCCUGAAGAAUCCGGGAUAAAAUUACUACGCCUCCGCCUCAAAGAGAGUAUUAUUGGGAGAGGAAAGACGAUCAACGAGGAGUGCGACGAGGACGCUGUCGCCACGACAAAGCAAAGCACGGAUGGGAAGAAGGCGGGAGAGGCGUCAGCAAAGUCCAUGGCGGUUCAGACGGCCAUUAAAUGGAUGACUGAUGUGUUAGCUCUCAAAGAUCAUUUUGACCGCUUAUUGGCGAACUCUUGGGGUGGAGAGGUAUCCAUGCAAACCGCUAUUAACGAGGCAUUUGAGUCCUUUAUCAAUAUGAAUAAGAGGGCUGCAGAAUUUGUUUCCCUGUUUAUCGAUGACCAUCUAAAGAAGGGAACAAAACUGAAAACGGAAUCCGAGAUGAAUACUCUGAUUGACAGGACAAUAUCUAUAUUCAGAUUUAUCUCGGACAAGGAUGUGUUUGAACGUUACUAUAAAACACAUCUAGCCAAGCGGCUCUUGCAAUCUCGAACCACCGAUGAUGAGGCAGAGCGGGAGAUGAUAGGCAAAUUGAAGAUCGAAUGUGGCUUCGCGUUUACCCAGAAACUGGAGGGAAUGUUCCAUGACAUUCGACUAUCUGGAGAGUUGACCGAUUCGUUCCGAGGGUUCAUUCAACGCGUAACUGAAGGAGAUGAUUCCGCUGUCACCAUUGAUAUGCAAACAUCUAUCCUCACCGCGGGCAUAUGGCCAAUUACAAACACGACCGAUUUUGGGGGUUACAUUAUGCCUCCUAUCAUUGCAAAACAUGUUUCCUAUUUCGAGCGAUUCUACAAUACCCGACAUAGCGGCCGAAAGCUGUCUUGGCAACCCAAUUAUGGCAGCGCAGACAUCAGAGUAGCGUUUAAAACACGAAAGCACGAAUUGAAUCUCACCACGGCAGCCAUGAUCGUAUUUCUGGCUUUCAGUGACGUAGAGAUUGGUCAAGAGUUAGAAUAUAGUGAAAUCAAAGAAGCUACUGGACUCCCCGACGUGGACCUGCAACGUCAGCUUCAAUCUCUAGCAUGCGCCAAGUACAAAGUUCUGCGUAAACACCCCGCAUCUCGCAGUGUCAGCACGACAGAUACUUUCACAUUCAACUACGAUUUCACGGCGCCAUUACAACGCAUUAAAAUUCAAACGGUUGCGAGCAAAGCGGAAUCCAAUGAGGAACGGCGCGAGACUGAAGAGAAGGUCGAAGAGGAACGAAAACUACAAACUGAGGCCUGUAUCGUCCGUGUCAUGAAAGAUAGGAAACAUAUGGCACACAACGAUCUGAUCAAUGAAGUAACGAGGCAACUAGCAAGUAGAUUCACGCCGGUCCCUGUCGCGAUUAAGAAGCGCAUAGAGGCUCUUAUUGAGAAAGAAUAUCUUGAGCGAGGAGGUGAUAAGAAAUCAUACAACUAUCUGGCUUGA